GUGGAGUCACCCUGGCAGGGCUAAAACACAACGUUGCUGUAGGAAUUCUGUUCAUAGAUGCUUGGUUGCGUGGAAAGGGCCACUACAUAUACAAAGGGGCAGUUGAAGACUCUGCCACAGCGGAGAUUUCACGUUCUCAAGUUUGGCAGUGGAUUAGACACAGGGCUAAACUAGAGGAUAAUGGUGAAGUCAUCACAAGAGGUCUCGUUCAGAAAAUCAUUGGGGACUUCGUUGAUGCUACCAUAAUGUCCCAGGAUCCUGUCCCUCUGGAUUCACCGAAACACAAGGAAAGAUUUAGAGCUGCUGCAGAAAUAUUUGAGGAAGUUGUAACUAAAAGAGACUUCCCUGAAUUUAUCACAACAUAUCUGAAUCUCGACCACACAUUCCUUAGUUAUCAAAAAAUGCACGAAGAAUAAUACUGAUAGAAGAUUAAUCAGUGCAAUCUGAAAUUUGAAUCUGCAAAUGUAUGUGGAAUAUUUCAUAUUAUUAUUUUUUUUUUUUUUACAUAUGAAAGUUAUGUAAGGUCUAACAAAAUAUAGAUUUAUUACUGUUGCUUUUUUUCCAGAAAAGUGUAAAUCAGUAAUUUGAUUUUGAGUUAUGAAAUAUUAGAUAAUUAUAUAUAUAACUUUUUUUCAUCAAAGAUAUGCAUACUAGAUUAUAGAUUAUAUGGCAUUGAAGAAAUUUUUAUCCAUACGCACAUGCACACACACAAGCACACAUAUACACACACAUAUAUAUAUAUAAAUCUGCUGAUGAAAAUAUUUUUAUAUGAAAAUAUAUGUAUUAUCACUUUCUUGUUUGUGUAAUGUACACUUUAGUAAAGUGUCUCUUUGUAAUAGACUAUUACCUUUGUUGUAUAUAAAGAUGCAUAUAAUUUUCAGGUUGUGAGUAAUGCAUGGAACUUUUAUAUCAUAAUGAAUUUUGUGAUAAUUGUGUAAAUAUUUUAUAAUUAAUGCUGUGAUUUGCAUUUAAUACAACACUUUUUUAUACUGUCAUAUAAGAGAAGAAAGUAGUCUAUGUAGAUGAACGUAAAGAAAAGUUAUUAUCUUACAUUUAUACAUAUUGGAGUAUUUUUGAGUCUAUAUACUAAUUAUGAUACCUAAAGUUGGUGGUGUUAUGGCAUAUUAAGAUAUGAUAUAUAUAAUAUUCUGUGAUAAAAGUAAAAUACCAACUGAAAUAUGUCCAUGGUCAGGACAAUGGAGUUUCUAAAACGAAGAUCAGUUGCACAAAUCUAUAAUUGAUAUGCAAUAUUUUGUUACUGUACUGUUACUUUUAGGUCUUAAUGGCUCAGGAUAGUUAACAUUUUCUAACAUGUUUCUAAAUUUAUACAGACAUAGGGAAAGGUAACCAUACUUCUUUAGAAUAGUAAUAUUAGUUAAGUUGUUAACAUGUUUCUUAUUUCAACCAUUGCAAUAAAGUAUAUUUUCCAGUAAA